GGGGGGGGGGGUGGGGGGGGGUGUGACGUCCAGAUCUGCCAAAGAGAUUGUGAAGUAUCCCGUAAAACGCCGGUCGUUAGCGUUGAUGUCUGGCGGGGAUUAUCCCGGGCAGCGACACGGCUGCGUGACCGUGCGCGCGGCGACGCCACUCGAAACCCACCCGCGAUGGAUGCAACUUUCCUCCUGUCGGCCCUCAUUUUCACGCUGCUCGCCGUCGUGGUCGCGACGUCGCUGCUGAAGGGCUCCUCUCCCUCGGCGGAGCUCGCCAACGCGCGGAGCUAUUUCCGACUCCGCGUAAACCCCGCCGCCGGUGGGGGGGGAUCAGAGCCGGCCAAGCUCAACGGCCACGUCCCCGAGAGGAAGAAGAGGAAGAAAAAGCAGGAGGAGGUGGACGACUGGACCGAUGUCAGCGGGAGUGCUCACGAUCACUGGGACGUGGUCAAGUCUGUUCAGUCGCCGCCUCCUUUCAGAGAGAUUCAAUCUGUGGAAAACGAUGGUUUGAGGCCACCUGACCCCAUAAUUGUCCGACAGGAGGAGGAAUACUCCCACCUUCACACAGAGGAAGCAGCCAGAGCGGAGCGCUCCUCCACAUCCAGCCUCCCUGUGCCCAAUUCUGGAGCCGUGCGCACGAGCUUAGAUGUAGACGCGUCGUCCGAGGCCUCGUCAGAAAGGAGCCGUAGGUCGCUCAUUGGACUCUCUGAUACGGAGCUCCUAAAGUGUGCUUUCUCUUACCCUCAGAAAGAAGGAGCCACAGACAACCCGGGAAUAAAGGAGAAGACAGAGUCGGAUGAGAAUGAUUCCUUGAAGUAUGUCCCUGGAAAGGCCAGAUCCCACCACAUGGAGGUGAUGAUGUCCAAAGAGGAGCUGGAGGAGGAGCAAAGGGUCCAGCGGGAGCAGCUCGCUGCCAUUUUCCAGCUGCUAAAAGACAACAAGGAGACGUUCGGAGAGAUGUCCGAGGGAGACUUGGAGGACCAGCUCCGACUUUAUUCCAUCUGAGAAGACUCCAGGGAACCAUCUCACCCCAGAGAGGGAUCUCCCUCUUACAUUCCCUCAGACGGACUUAUCCACCACAUCAAAUACACAAAUAAACACAUUCCCAGUAUUCACCCCAUGUGUACCGUGUACGAUGACAAGCUCAUUUGGCUUUCAAAUUCUGACCUGCAGUGUACACAGCCCAGCAGAGGGAGCAACGGAAAGAUUCAUCUAUUUCUGUUAGAUUGAUCAGAACUAGUUAUGUGUAAUAAAACAGGUUAUUGUGACAUCUUGUGUGAAUUCCUGUCUCUGUUUGCUGUUGAAUGAAUGGCACUGCCUUUUAGCUGCUUUGUCCAAUCAUACCUGUUGGAGGCAGCCAAAGGUUCCAAAAUGUUUUCCGCUUAACCUUCCUUAUUGGUGUAUGAGAUAGGUGUGGCAUAGGACACAUCUCAUGUGUGAGCCAUGCUAUAAAUGACAUGUAUUUUAAUGAGUACCUGCCACAAGCAGCAAAGCCUCAUCUUCUCAGGGAUGGCGACUGGGACUGCCCAGAUUUUUGGUCUGCUUGUUGUGGUAUCAGUCACUGUUCUGUUUUUUCUUCUGACAUGGGAACAUUCAAAGAGCGUCAGGAUGUGGACACUCCGCAGAUCCAGUGACUACAGUGUUUUCUGGCAAAAGGAUGGCAAUUCUUUCACCUCAGCACAUGUUCCAGAGACUCCAAUUCCCAUCCUUUACAAAAAAAACUUCACAAAGUUGCCACGUUGGGAUUUUGAGGAUAUUUACAACCAGGAUGCCCCACCUAGAUUAACAACCUGCCCGGAGUCUCUGCGAAACACCAAAGAAGAGUUCUUUCAGAAGGCUUUUCUACCCAACAUCCGUUUGUACCUGCACAAAGACAACUUCAACAUGAGCGAGUGGAAUAGGCUGUCCCAUUUCAACAACCCUUUCGGUUUUAUGGAAUUCGAAAACAAAGAGGUCAUGAGUUCUAUAAAGCUGAUUCCAAAACCAAAUGAGCCCCUGCUUUCUCCAAAAGAAGGCGGCGAUGGCUGUGUACACUGUGCAGUGGUGGGGACCGCAGGAAUCCUAAAUGGCUCAAAAAUGGGGGCUGAGAUUGAUUCUCAUGAUUAUGUCUUUCGGAUGAAUGGCGCAGUUGUCCAGGGUUAUGAGGAAGACGUAGGGAACAGAACAUCUGUGUAUGUUCACACAGCCCACUCCAUAACUUCAUCUCCUUAUAUUUUCAAGAAGUAUGGAUACACAUCAGCCCCUCAUGAUGAGGGUAUAAAGUAUGUCCUCAUUCCUGAGGGGAUGAGGGAUUUCCAGUGGCUCCAGGGUCUUCUCAAAGGAGAAAAGGUCUCUUCCGGGCCAUACCACAACCGAGAGCCCAGAACUUACUAUUCAGGGCAGUACAAUGAGAGCCGGUUCUACGUUCUGCAUCAAGACUUCCUUCGAUAUGUUCGGAACAGGUUUUUAAAAUCACCUAGUCUCAAUUCUACCCACUGGGCGAUUGUCAGACCAACUAAUGGGGCAUUUGCUCUCUUUCUGGCCUUGCACACCUGUGACACAGUGAGCGCAUAUGGAUUCAUGACUGAAGAUUAUAAAAAGUAUUCCAACUACUAUGUUGAAAGGUUCCUUAAAACCAAUGUAAUUUUCUACGCCAACCAUGACUACAUUAUGGAGAAAAAUCUGUGGCAGAAUCUAAAUGACAGAAAAGUAAUGAAGCUUUAUCAAAGAACAUCGUCGUGAGAAGAGAUUUAAACAAAAAUUUUGUGGGACUAGGUUGCUGUUGCUGUAAAGGGGCUGCAGUUUGGAGUCAUUUUAGCGUAACAUUUAUGUAUUUGCUUACUCUGAUGUUACUUGGGAUUCGUGAGGUAAAAAAAGUGGGUAAGUUGUUACUGUUUACAUUACGUUUUAAGUUAGUAACCAAUCAUGGUGGUAAAGUUUUCAUUUAUCUUUUGAGCCCAGUGCGAACGCUCAGCAUGGGACAACUUCAUUAGACUCUGCUUGUAAAAUACCUUUUUUUCUGUCUGGACCAGAGCCAGUUAUUUUACUGUUCCAGUGAAAUACAUUGUUAGUUAAUGCUCAAAACGCUCUGCCACCUCUCACUGUGUACACAUGUGCACAUCUGGGUGGUUAGCCUGGGGGGAUGCUGUGAUUACAAAAGAGUCAACAUUUUUCGGAACAGGUUUUGACAUUUUAAGCUUUCAGUCAACAUUGUAUCAUUUCCGUUGGAAAAACAAGUUUGCAUACAUUUUUAUAUUAUCCAUCAUAUCAACACAAUGUUUACGUCUCUUCCCACGGUCAUGAUUCAUACAGAGUAUGGCAAAUGAAGGUAUAAGUUACUUACUCUCACAGGAUUAUAUGCAAUGUCUUCUAAGUUUGAUAUCUGAAUAGAUGCACUGUAGAAUUGUGAGUGGUGACUUUAAAGUGAAGUCAGCUAUGAGGAAAGACGAUUUCUUGAAUUCCGCCUAAAAAUGUGAACUUUUAUCAGACUAAACUAAACUAGUUGACAUUUGAUUAAACAAAAUACACAACUUCUAUGAAAUGCAAAAAAAGAUUAAUGUGUUUCCAACAGUUAACAUCUCUUUUUAAAUUAAGUCUAAUACCGCAUCAAGCAUUAUUCAGGUUUUAUUCAGGUUACCAUGACUUCUCUCAUAUUUACUUACAUGUACAUUUCUUAUAUUUUUUAAAAUUAUGAGACCUUUUGUAUUAUAAUACAUUUUACUGUUAUAUAUACCAUAAAUAAGCCAUAUAUAUACCAUUAAUUUUUACUUUUCAGUGGUUUGGUUCAUGCCUAUUAUUCCUGGGUUUGGUUGUAAAAUUAAAGUAAGGUAGUCAGGCAGUGACUUUUGUAUACAGGGCGUAGGAGGAGGUUUCUUUGGAAAACUGGUUUGCCCCUACAUUUCCUGUUAACAAAAACAUUUUUUUUAAAAGGAACUGCCCAUUCCUUUUGUGACAGAUUGAAAUAAAAAAAAAAACAACUGA